CUUGGGUUUGUACACUGACGUUUGGCCUGAGUUCAAUUGGUAUGCAACAAUGAAUUAGCAAGGCACUUGGUUUUAUUAUUAAUUAAAAUCGGAAAAUGUCUUCGCAUUUAGAGAUAUUGGAAAGCAGUCUUGAAAAAUUUAUUGAAAAUGUAAGACAAAUAGGUAUCAUUGUAGGCGACUUCCAGCCUCAAGGACAGACUGUUCUGAACCAAAAAAUAAAUCAAAUGGUGACUUUAAUGCAAGAAAUUGAAAAAUCUAAAUGCCAUGUUCAAGAUAUUCAAGUACCAUUGGAGGUGUUUGACUACAUAGAUCAAGGAAGAAAUCCCCAGUUUUAUACUAAGGACUGUAUGGAAAAGGCUUUAGCAAAAAAUGAACAAGUGAAAGGGAAAAUUGAUGUAUAUAGGUUUGUUUUUAAAAAGUUUGAUCUUACUCUCAUGAGAUGA